AUGGGUGGAUACCUCGCUAAACCUGAAACUGUCCUCGAAAAUGACUUUGUCCGCACCUUAAUCCAUGCCGAGUCUGAUUGGGUGUUCUGGUUUGGUGCAAACGACAAUGACGUAGAAAAUCAAUGGAAAUGGACAGAUGGCGUCGUCAUUGAUUCAGCUGUGAUUGAUUUCUAUCCUGGCGCAACAACCUGUUGUACAAAUCCCAAAAACCGGAACUGCUGCAGUACAACAAACAUCCAACCCAACAAUGGUGUGGGCACACUGACAGGCGAUCCUCAGAAUUGUGUAGAACUACGACGAACAUGGACAGUGAACGGUGUACCUACGGUACAGGAUAGACACUAUUGGAACGAUGAGAUUUGUUCCUUGGAAACUAUUUCUGGAGGAACAUCGAAUCGUGGAUAUAUUUGUGAACGACCUGCGACAGUGACAAGUACAACACCAACCACACCAAUGCCAAUAACUACAACACCAACCACAACACCAACCACACCAAUGCCAAUUACUACAACACCAACCACACCAAUGCCAAUAACUACAACACCAACCACAACACCAACCACACCAAUGCCAAUUACUACAACACCAACCACACCAAUGUCAAUAACUACAACACCAACCACAACACCAACCACACCAAUGCCAAUUACUACAACACCAACCACACCAAUGCCAAUAACUACAGCACCAACCACAACACCAACCACACCAAUGCCAAUUACAACAACACCAACCACAGAAAUACCAAGCAAUACAACACCAACCACAACACCAACCACACCAAUGCAACACAUAACAACUCGAAACACAACAGCGCCAACAGCAGCAAGGCCAACUUUAGUGAUACCAACGGCAUCAACAUCACAAACAUCAACAAUGCUAUCUAUAACGAUUUCAUCAACGACUACAGCUCCACCAAGGCCACCUAUAAUCCUGAGGGGGAGCCCAUUAAUACAGGGGCAUAGCAAAUUGAAGGCUUCACCAACAGCUGAAACAUCCUUCAAGGAGUCCGACAAGAGGGUGUCAGCCAUCUCUAUUGGUGUUUUCGCAAUGGUACUAUUAUUAUCGGUUUUCAUAUGCAUCGUAUUGGUUGAUAUUUUGACAGUAUGGAAAGACCUUAAAAGGAUGCCGCUGGUGCGCAUGUUGAGAAGAUAUUGGGCGAGACCGAAAAGUCAGUCUUACGAUGAUGAUGGAUUUACUGGAAUUUAGAAUCACCAAACAAAUUAUUUACUUGGAUCCUUGCACAGUUGAUUCUACGUGGAUAUAUCAUAUAGAGUGAAUGCUGCUGCGUGAGGGAACAGAUGCUAAAAGUUAAGAAAAGCCAUGCGAUUGACAGACGUUAUCCGAUAUUUCUUGUAUAGCAAGUUUGCGCGGUUUAUUACCAUCUUUACACUCAGUCUUCACUGAGUUCAGACGGGAGCCGAGAGAAGGAAGACAGUUUAUAACAGGAUCCUUUAUAGUUAACUUGUUUAUAAAUGACGGCUAUUUU